AGUAUGGAUAAAGCAAAACAUGAUGAUGUUCCAAGAAUCAACGGAUAUUCCCUAUACCAGAUGUCAUACAGAGGAGGUAGAAUUGCUCCAAAAGAGCUACUUACUUAUAUAUUCAUGAAUACCAGAGACGGAACCGCUACAGAGUCUAUCCGUGUCAUUGCAGAUUCAGAAGGAUAUGUUGGCAAGAGGCAGAAGAAGAUGAUCAAGACUCUUGUCCGCAAAGGGUGGAGUAAAAAUGAAAUCUUCUAUGAGAUGCAGAGAGUUUUUGGAAAUGAUGUUGUUACAGAAAAUAAAGCAUUUGAUGAUGAGUCGAAACCUUUGUUAACAGCUGGAGUAGUACUCUUGCCAGUCCUAUUUUGUGGUAGUCUUUUUCUUCUCAGACAAGCGAGAAGAAUCAGACUCGAAAUGGCUAUUUCACAAACCAGAGAAGCGCAGAAAAUUAGGUUGGAGCAAAUCAAAGCAAGUGUCGGUCAAGGGGCUACAAAAUGGUCUGACAAACAGCAUGAGGGCGACUUUAAAUCCACAAGUUCUGAUGAACAACAAAUUGAUCAUAGUGGAAGUGACCCAGAUUUUAAUACAGAAAGAGUCUCAAAAAUUGACAAGGAUUUGAAGAAGGAGAUAUUCAAAAAGUUGAAGAUAAAAUAA